UGCAUUGUGGCGGUUGACUGUGGUCGACAAUGAGCGUGAACACCAGCAACGGCUCAUCUUCAACUCAACCGCAAUGGGGCAGAGUGCUGAUUACUGGUGGAACCGACUGGGCGAAACUCGGGCGGAAGGACAGGGUCAAAGCCGCGGAAGGUGUUGAGCCGGAGAACCCCGACCUCCUCGAACCCCACAUCCUCCGCUCAUUGAGCAAUGUGCGCGCCGUUUCUGUCCACACCUCCUGCUGCAGCUGCCACAACGUUGUCAUUGACGUCGACGGCUCGGCCUGGCUAUUUGGCCGUAACGCCCACGGGCAGCUCGGCGUACCCGGUACUGCCAUCUCGGAGAACGCGCCGCGGCGGCUGACCCCCAGGGAACUGGGCGCGUCGCCGACUGCGCGCUUUGUUCACGCUGCGUGCGGCCGCUAUCACACGCUCUUGGUCGCGGACGAAGGGCAGGUUUGGGCGGCGGGGGCAAACACGCUCGGUCAGUGCGGACAGGAUGUAUGCCCUGAGAUCAACAAGUUCAGGCGAGUAUCCGUUCUGGACCGCGAAGAUAAUGAGGAGCAUGUCGUCAAGGCCGCCGCCGGAAUCUCGUUCAGCGUCGUUCUUACCAAGUCAGGCAAAUUGUAUGCCUUUGGAAGUGCCGAGAAGGGUCAAUUGGGUAACGGUGACACGGGCGAGCGUCUCGCAACCGGUCAACGAGUAGUCUUCGGAAUUGAAACUGUACCGCUUCUCAUCAAAGAGCUUGCGAAUCGCACCAUCGUGGACGUCUCCGCGGGUCAGCAACAUUGUAUCGCCAUCGACGAUGCCGGUGUGGUCUUUGUGUGGGGAUAUAACGGGUACUGCCGUCUCGGCCUUGGAGACCAGAAGGACCGGUUGAAGCCCGUUGUCGUGCCACACUUCGCCGGUCCCAAGGAGAUUAGCAUGGGCUCGCUCGUUACCGCAGGCCCGACGAACAGCGUCGUGGUCGAUAAGCAGGGUGUGUACUACAUGGCGGGCAAGUGGAAGAACAGCGGCGAAGGCUCCGUCGGCUCGCCGUGGACGUACUUCAAACCAAUUCAGGAUAUCAUGGCAUGCAGGACGACGCAUGUCUCAUGCGGCGGCGUGACCCACUUUGCGCUCACGCCCAAUGACGAAGCUGGGCAUGAAGGGAAGAAUAUGACCGUUUGCUGGGGUCAGAAUGCCGCCAAUGGCGAACUUGGCCUCGGACCCGACGAGAACAAGAGCGCGACGAAGGCGACCAAGAACAAGCCGUUGUUAGAAGUCGAUGUUAUUGACGUCGCCGCUGGACAGCAUACCACCCUGUUUAUCGCUCGGCCCAGCGACGAAUUGUCGGACCGACCCCGACAUCCCUUCGAUGUUGACGCACCGGAGGCAUGCUUAGGUUGCGGCAAAGCGUCAGAAGACGACGAGCUCCUUGAGUGCGAGAAGUGCGAUGCACCGUAUCAUCUCACCUGCUUGAAUCCGCCGUUGAGUGCAGUCCCCGAAGGCGAGUGGUUCUGCCCCAAAUGCAUCGCUACACCUGGCGCGCCUGUUGGCCGCUGGGCCCAGCUUGCGGAAGCACAAGCGGGCGCGAAGCGCAAGGCGCCCGUCGAUGAUGCUGCAUACAAGAAGGCUCGCCAGUGAUGAUAUGGAAUGGCAAGCAGAUUGGAAAUGACUGGGGAAUGAGGAUUUAGGGCGAAGCAUGACGUACAGGAGAGGACAUCGUUUUUGAGAGUAAUUCGGUUUUGCGAACGACGCUGGACGUGUUAGUCAAACGAUUUGAUUACAAGUUUUCUUGCCUUCGGCCUAUCCUACAUGCAUAUAUAUGUUGUAUGUAUGUGUACGCAAUAUGUAUCCUCAUCUCCGCGUA